ACUAGUCAGAUAACGCAUUGCCCCAUAUCUCCACCCACUGUUCCUAGCCUCUGGGCUGCCUUCAGGUAGUACACGACUCUCCUCUUGCCUCCUCUGCUCCCUCCCCUCCCUCCGUUCAUAGCCAGCAGCUGGGAGGUCGGUUUGGUUUCUCGCGCCUCCCAGCUUUCGGGCCUCUCCCCCCCCCACCCCACCCCACCCCCUCUUCUCGUCUCCUCAUCAACUCUCUCGCUUUCCUUGUUCAGCUCCAGCGCCUCGUGCGACUCCCUCCCUCACUCACUCCCUCACUCUCACUCACUCUCUCUCUCUCUUUCUCUCUCAGUCUAUGUACUUCACUCGGCCUGCUGCUUCAGUGUCUGGGUGUCUCCAUAUAACACUCGGGCUGCUUCUGCUGCUGCUGCUGCAGCUGCAUUGAGCUGGCCCGCCCGUCUCCGCGCGUGCUCGUCGUUGCUGUCGACGGGUCUUUCGAGUUUGGCUUGCAUUGUGUAGCUUGAGCGAGACCUAGAGUGGACUUGGACUGAAAGGAACUGGACGGGGCGGGAGCGAGCGAGCGAGCCUCGAUAGAGGCACAGAGAGAGGGAGAGCACAAGCGGUGCGAGCCUCGCUUUCGUGCUAUAUUGGUUGAGCUGCGUCGUCUUCUGUCUGCUGAUCAGACAAAUGCAGAAAACACAUGAGCACGGGCUUCCGCGUUGAAGUGAGGGAAGGCAUUUGUGGUUGAUAGACUCGCCUCCUAAUUGGACGGUUUGCCGAGGAGAAGAAGAGCAGCAGCAGCUCACUGAAGUGGACUGUUAUUUUUUGAUUCGGCCCCUCGUCCCGAGCUGCUCUCUCGAGCGCUACCUCACGUGUUUGCAAGAUCAUGGCUGGAAUGACGCGAGCUGCCUUUGCGCGCUUGGCUUUGGGCUUUCUGCUCGUGCUCUGGAGUAGGGCCCCUGUGGCACGCGCCUGGGUAAUGACGGACUGGGCCGACGCCCACGCAACUUUUUACGGAGGUCAAGAUGCUUCCGGCACCAUGGGCGGAGCCUGUGGAUACGGCAACCUGUACUCGGUCGGAUACGGGACCUCGUCCACGGCGCUGAGCAAUGCCCUGUUCAACAACGGGCUCAGCUGCGGCGCGUGCUUCCAAAUCGUGUGCAGAUUGGCCGAGAGCAAGUACUGCUACCCGGGCGGCAGCGUCGUGGUGACGGCCACCAAUGCCUGCCCGCCCGGAUCCGAAGGAGGCUGGUGCGAUCCCCCCAAGGCGCACUUCGAUCUCUCGUACCCGGCCUUCCAGCGCCUCGCCCAACCCGUCGGCGGAGUGAUUCCUGUCAGAUACAAGAGGGUGUCGUGCAGCAGGAACGGAGGCAUCCGCUUCACCAUCCGGGGCAAUCCGUACUUCGAUCUGGUGCUGGUGACGAACGUGGGCGAGUUCGGCGCGGUGCAGUCGCUGCAGAUCAAGGGCGAGCGGACCGGCUGGACCUACAUGCGCCAGAACUGGGGCGCCAACUGGCAAGCGAACGUGAACGUGCAGGGCCAAGCCCUGGCCUUCAAGGUGACGCUGGACAAUGGCCGGAGCCUGGAAUUCUACAACGUGGCUCCCAAGAACUGGGGCUUCGGGCAAACCUUCGAGGCCGACUACAACUUCUAGAGAUCAGUCUUCAGGCGCCGGAGCAGCAGCAGCAGCAGCAGCAGAGUGGAGAUGAGUCGAGAUGAGAUUGAGAUGAGAUGAAAUGAAAUGAGAUAAGACGAGAUGAUAAGAUAAGAGACGAGAUGAUAAGGUCCAGCAGAUUAGGCUAUUCAAUACAUAGCAGUAUGGUGCGCCUUGCCAAGGGCAAAGUUUUUGGCAAGCUCUACUUUGAAACCUUGUUGAAAGAUCUUGAAUUUCGCCGCAUAGCAUUUAUGAAAUAGAAGCGGCGUGUACGUGUAUAUAUACUCCAUGCCCACUGUUCGUUAGCCGGGCCAUGAAGGCAUUCCUUGUUUAGGGGUAUUUAUGGAAGCCGAGGUGUCCGCUAUAAGAGCCGCCCGCUCCUUCGACAUGUUCGAAUACGGUAUUCUCAUUCGCCGGUCUAUUCUCCAAUGUUGAAUUUGCGGAAGAGGUGACAAUUUGGGGGCCAAACGGCCAUCCGCUGCAAGACGUAAUUCUAGCUAGCUGUCUGAGGAAAAUACUCGACAUACAGCAGGUAGAUGUCGUGGGUUCCGCGAGCCACGAUCAACACUCACAGAGGUAGCCAGCAAUCGAAUCGUAAUGCGUCCUUUGAUGGGCCUAGGAUGUGAUAUGUUGCUCAACUCUUGGUAACCUUGACAUAGUUUUUUAACCUGGACGUCAUCACUAACUAAGUGAUGGCUUAACAAU